AUGAAGACUGAUUUCAAGUUCUCCAACCUGCUCGGUACCGUGUAUAGGCGAGGAAACCUCUGCUUCAGCCCCGAUGGCACAUGCUUGCUGUCGCCCGUCGGCAAUCGCGUUACUGUCUUUGACCUAGUCAAGUGCGCAUUCCUCCUGCGCUCGCCCAUCUAUACGCACGUACUGACUCAGCUUCUNAGCAACAAAUCGCAUACCCUCCCCUUCGCACAUCGCCGCAACAUCUCCCGUCUAGCCUUGAACCCCAAAGGCAACCUCCUCCUCACAGUCGACGAAGACGGACAGGCCAUUCUUACCCACCUCCACCGUCGCGUAUCUCUCUACCACUUCUCCUUCAAGGGCCCCGUCUCUUCGCUUGUCUUCUCGCCCUCCGGUCAACAUUUUGCCGUCGCCCUUGGCCGCAAGAUCGAAACUUGGAGGACGCCUUCAACUCCCUCAGAUACCCAGGAUGGCUCCCUCGAGUUCGCCCCCUUCGUGAAGCACAGAGAAUAUGCCGGUCACUACGACACAGUACAGAGCAUCGAAUGGUCUAGCGAUUCGCGCUUCUUCCUUACUGCCUCCAAGGACUUGACCGCGCGUAUUUGGAGUUUGGAUCCUGAAGCUGGCUUUGAGCCUACUACUCUUGGUGGUCACAGACAGGGUGUUCACGGCGCAUGGUUCUCGGCCGAUCAGGAGACGAUUUGGACAGUGUCAAAAGAUGGUGCUCUUUUCCAGUGGCAAUACCUACCCCCUCGCAACGCUCCUGAGGAUCAGAUGGACAUCGAAGAGAAUUUCCGCUGGAGAAUUGCUGAAAGACACUAUUUCAUGCAAAACGGUGCCACUUUGACUUGCGCUUCCUUCCAUCCAGAGUCAAAUCUUCUGGUUGCCGGGUUCUCAAACGGUACUUUCGGUCUGUACGAACUCCCCGACUUCAACCAGAUUCACAAUCUCAGUAUCUCACAAAACGACGUCGAUUUCGUUACCAUCAACAAGACCGGUGAAUGGCUUGCCUUUGGUGCUUCUCAACUCGGUCAGCUUUUGGUAUGGGAGUGGCAGUCAGAGUCAUAUAUCUUGAAGCAGCAAGGACAUUUCGACUCGUUGAACAACCUCACAUAUUCGCCUUCUGGAGACCGCAUCAUCACAUGUGCCGAUGACGGCAAGAUCAAGGUCUGGGACGUUGCCUCAGGAUUCUGUAUCGUCACAUUCACCGAACACACAUCAGGAGUUACGGCGUGCGAGUUUGCGAAACGAGGUAACGUUUUAUUCACAGCUUCUCUGGAUGGUUCAAUUCGCGCAUGGGAUUUGAUCAGAUACCGAAAUUUCCGAACCUUUACCGCCCCUGAACGUCUUNNUUCUUUCUCUUCCAUCGCAGUUGAUCCAUCAGGCGAAGUCGUGGCUGCUGGUUCUCUUGACAGUUUCGAUAUUCACAUCUGGUCUGUACAGACUGGCCAACUGCUGGAUAAGCUUUCUGGUCACGAAGGUCCCGUUUCGACAUUAGCUUUCGCUCCCAAUGGCGGUGCUCUGGUGUCAGGCUCUUGGGAUCACACUGUUCGCAUCUGGUCAAUCUUCGCACGCACACAGACUAGCGAACCUCUGCAACUACAAGCAGAUGUUCUUUGUGUCACCGUACGACCAGACUCGAAACAGAUUGCAGUCAGCACAUUAGAUGGUCAACUGACAUUCUGGUCUCUGUCAGAAGGAACACAAGAAGCUGGCUUCGACGGCCGUCGUGAUGUCUCUGGUGGACGUAAGCUCACUGACCGUCAAACUGCUGCAAAUGCCGCAGGCACAAAAUCUUUCAACAGUAUCAGCUACUCGGCAGACGGUAGCGUAGUCGUCGCAUCAGGUAACAGCAAGUACAUCUGCCUCUACGACGUCAUGUCAGGCGUACUACUACACAAGUACACUGUCAGCGUCAACCUCUCCCUUGAAGGCACACAAGAGUUCCUCAACUCCAAGAACCUGACCGAGGGCGGCCCGGCAGGCAUGAUCGACACGACAGGCGACGCCUCCGACCUCGAAGACCGCAUGGACAACUCCCUCCCCGGCGCCAAACGAGGCGACGCCGCUUCCCGCCGCAUCGGCCCCGAAGUCCGCGUCCCAGGCGUAAACUUUGCACCCACCGGCCGCUCCUUCUGCGCCGCCAGCACCGAAGGCCUGCUCGUUUACUCACUCGACACCACCAUCGCUUUUGACCCCUUCGACCUCGAUAUCGACAUUACACCCCAAUCCACACUCAAGACCCUCGCCGCAAAACAGUAUCUCAAAGCCUUGGUUAUGGCUUUCCGCCUCAACAACCCCAAACUCGUGACUAGAGUGCAGCGCUCUGUCCCCGCCGCCGAUAUCCCCCUUGUCGUGUCUGAUUUACCUCUCGUCUACCUGCCCCGCCUCCUCCGAUUCAUCGCCGUCCAAAGCGAUGCCUCUCCCCUCCUAGAACUCAACCUCCUCUGGCUGCAAUCAAUCCUCCAAUCCCACGGCAGCACACUCAAGAAAAAUCAAGGCGAGUAUGCCGAAGUAACGCGUCUGGUUCAACGCGCUGUUGCACGCAUCCAAAAGGAGAUUUUCAGUGUUGCCGAGAACAAUGAAUUCAUGGUGGAAUACUUGCUUGCGCAACCGGUCAAGAAACAGCAGGAUGGGAUGAAGUUGCUGAGCAGUGUAAAUGGUGCAGUUCAGGAAGUUGAAAUGGUGGAGGAUGAUGAAGAUGAAGAUGGCGAGGAUGGAUGGAUUGGUCUUGAGGACUAG